AUGAAGGUGACCUACCUGGGUAAGAUGUCCAUCUCUGGGACCCAGUUCUUGUCUGGUUGCACCGAGUCAGCAGUAGUGGGUCUGGUGGAGCGUCGUGCUCGGGCUCAGCAGCAAGGGACCUCCCCCUCGAACAACUCUCUGCUGGAAAUCCGGCCCUUCCAGGUGCGCCUUCACCACCUGGACGAGCGUGGCGAAGCCUCCGUGACCGUGGACGCCUACCAGGUGGCGCGCAUCGCCUACUGCACAGCGGACCACAGCGUCAGACCCAACAUAUUUGCCUGGAUCUACCGAGAGAUCAACGACGACCUGUCCUUCCAGAUGGACUGCCACGCCGUGGAGUGCGAGAGCAAGCUGGAGGCCAAGAAACUGGCGCACUCGAUGAUGGAGGCUUUCCGCAAGACUUUCCAAAGCAUGAGCAGUGACGGACGCAUUCACAAGAGCGGGUCGACGGACGACUUUGCUGAGGACUCAUCCACGCCUGACGACUCGACCCCAGACGACGGCUGAAGCGGAGCUCAUUCAUGCUCCUGAUCUCCGUUCACACAAAUCGAUGGGGAGAGUAGAAGGACCUGCUCUUUUUUCAUUUACCCCUCAACUGUCUCUUUCUGUUACUCAUUUGGUACCAACUUUACCGACUCAGUAAUACUCAGUAUGCCCAGGAAUAUGACGUAGCUCAUCCGCAGUGUUAAGAUAAGGUAGAUGACACAUUUGGUGAGAGCAAAGAGCUACUGCUUUGAGUAAAUGCCUCCUAAGAGACACUCUGGAGGGUUUCAAGGCCCACUGUAAUUGCCUAGAAAGAUUUGUGUCAAUAGUUUUAUUUCAACUACUGUUACUAUCGCACAUAUCAAAUCCUCUGGUUACUAAGCUUUUUUAUUCAGAAACAGUAUGAUUAGUCACAACCCACCUUUUCAAUAUAUGCCAUGUAGGGACCAAACGUGAUAAUGCCUGUGAUGUUUUUCAGGUUCAAAGCCACAGUCCACAGGACUGUUCAAGCACAUCACUUCCUUACCUGUUACUUGGAUUUCUGUGACUUUGCCUUUAGCCUUUGUAAUAGAAAAGGAUGUGGAAGUAAAGCCUUUAAGCACUACUUUUCACUAUGAUUACCUUAUCCAGCCCCUCCCCCCUUCCAAAAAAUACUCCCUAAGUGUGGCUAAUCGAUCUAAUAUCUUUGUCUCCAUUUAAUACGUACCGAAAAAUCUGAUAUAAAUAUGUGUAUGGAAGGAAAAAGUCCUAAAAAGUGCACAUUGCAGAAGUUCUCACUGAAACCAGGGGCUGUUUGAGACACUUUAAUCAUACACAUCUGACUUUUGUUUUAAAUAUACCAAAAUCCAGGCUGUGAUUAGCCUGUCAGAUUAUGUGCCUCACUUUCCUCUCAUAUUGCAGCGUGCAUGUGUGGCCAUGUGUGUGUUUACGUUUCCUGUGUUUAUGCUUCUUUACUGUUUCUAUACAAGUGAGUGAAAGCAUUAUUGUGUGUGUGAGACAGAAGCAGAUUUUUCUCUUUGCCCCAAACGUUGUUUUUAAAGUUUGAAAUCGGACAUGGUACUGUGAGCAUUUGCCACAUUUUUUCCUGUUUUAUUUCCAAGAAACCUUUUGUGAAAUGGAAGCAAGCUCACGAGUUGAAACGUGCCAGUUUGCUGACGUGAUGGGACCCUAAAAUCACAGCCAUUCGAGUGAACGACUCACACACCCGUCGUGCUGUGAGCGCCUCGCAUCGUGUCCGGUCGCUUCAGUCUCCAUGAAUCUCCUCACACCGUCACCAACAGCUUGAAGGGACAUGAGCCAGACAUUUCUGCUGCUCUGCAUCAGCCGCUAACAGACCGAGGCUCCUCCAUCAGGACAGUACUGAAGAGACUGAAUCUCUAGAACAACCCAACACAAAGAUCUCAUGACUCUGAUCAACACACACACAUAUCCACAUUCAAACCAUACAUAUUGUAUGUACAUAAAUUGUAUUCGAGUCUUGCUCAAUAAGCUCAUGUAAAUACAAAUGUAUCACUUUCCAAAUAUUACAGCUUAAAUUGUGAUAGCUAUUUUACAUUAUAAAAUAAAUAUUCAGAACCAUCAUGUGAUGCUGAAACAGUGUGAUGAAAGCUACUGUGAAUAACAACCGGAGAGCCUGACAGCAGUGGCUGCGGACCUGCGUGUGUGUGUUUGGAUAGAACUGAAUGUGGAAGUGUUUUGUGAAGAUGAAGGCCAGAAACCGGGGAGGAUGUUUGUAAAGCUGUAGAUUACUGUGCCAUGUCUGUUUUACAGCUCAGACACGCUUUAACUGUUCAAACAAUGUUACCGUAAGUGUUUUCUAUACAGUGUUUGCAAAGAUCAGAACACAGUUGCAUAUAAAGUAUUUACCAAG